CCUCCUUAUCCCCUCUCCCCGCUCCCACCCUUCUUCCCUUGCCCGCCUCGAUUCAUCCCUCUCCCUCCCCUCCCCUCCCCUCCCGAUUCCCGCGGCCGGGCUCGCGGAUCCACGCGCGGCGCGGCUCCCUUCCUUCCACACGAUGAGCAGCCGGCGGCGGGUCGAGGCCUGCGACUCGUGGCGCCCGCCGCGGAGCCACGCCGGGGCGGGGCCGCAGCCCGUCCUCCUCCGCGCGGGGCCCCGGCUCCCGGCCUUCGCCUCGCUCUCCGUCCGCGAGGGCGGGGAGGCCGCGGCCGUCGCCAAGGCGGUGGAGGAGGCGGUCGUCGCGCGGGCCGGCGAGGGGACGGAGGAGCGGCGGGCGGCGGGGGGCGAGGAGGCCGGGGGGGAGAAGGAGCGGAGGAGGCUGCCCCCCGCGGCGCAGCUGGUGCGCCACCCGCUGGCGCUGCUCGCCCUGGUGCCCCGCGGCGCCGCGCUCUUCGCCGCGGGGGCCGCCGCGGGCGCCGCCGCCAAGACCGUCACCGCGCCGCUCGACCGCGUCAAGAUACUCAUGCAGACGCACAGCGUGCGGGUGGCGGGAGAGAGCGCCAAGAAGGCGGUUGGGUUCCUCGAGGCUAUUGCAGACAUUGGAAAGGAGGAGGGUCUUAAGGGUUACUGGAAAGGCAACCUUCCACAGGUUAUUCGCAUAAUUCCUUACAGCGCGGUGCAACUCUUCUCAUAUGAAGUUUACAAGAAAAUCUUCCGAAGAAAGGAUGGAGAACUUUCUGUAUUUGGGAGACUUGCUGCUGGUGCUUGUGCGGGCAUGACAUCUACACUUGUAACAUACCCACUGGAUGUUCUCCGGCUCAGGCUUGCAGUUCAAUCUGGACACAGCACUAUGUCUCAGGUUGCUCUUAACAUGCUGAGAGAAGAAGGAUUGGCCUCCUUCUACGGUGGCUUGGGUCCAUCUCUUAUAGGAAUUGCACCUUACAUUGCUGUGAACUUCUGUGUUUUUGACUUAAUGAAGAAAUCAGUACCAGAAAAGUACAAGAACAGACCAGAAACAUCGCUAGCAACUGCUCUUCUCUCAGCAACAUUUGCAACUUUGAUGUGUUAUCCCCUGGACACUGUUAGAAGACAGAUGCAGAUGAAAGGGACACCAUACAACACAAUUUUUGAUGCAAUUCCAGGCAUUGUGGAGCGUGAUGGUCUAGUUGGGCUUUAUAGAGGUUUUGUGCCAAAUGCGUUAAAAAAUCUGCCAAAUAGCAGCAUUAAACUGACUGCAUUUGACACGGUGAAGACACUGCUAGCGACUGGACAGAAGGAGCUGGACAAAUUAAUACAAGAAAAUGAGGAGAAAACAAGCUAGUGAAAUGUGCUCAAUCUUUAAGGCUUCAGUAGAAGGCACACCGUUGCUAUGUUCCUCCUUUCCUGGCGUCAUGCUUUAGGAUUUAGGCAGCACAUGUUUCUGUUUCUUUUGUCACAUUGGUCCUAUUUGUGUGUUUUCCUUAGCAUAGAUAUUCAUAGAGAUAGAGGAGGAUUGGAAGGAAACAAGGCAAUGGAUUGAUAUCUUUAGUGGGGGCACAGCUUUAGCUAGCAUCAGUAGGAGAAUGCACCAUACAGAUCUUAUUUAUGUUAAUAGAAGAUAGCGUGUCUGUCCUCAUAAGUUUUCAUUUGCUAUCAAUAUACAUCAUAUCCAGAACAUGGUGCACACAGGCUCUGUAACUCGCAAGCAGUUUCUCCUUGUCAACCGAGCAGGGUGAGGUGUGGGUGUGAGUGUGACUGCUACGUGCUAUGGCACUAUGGCAGUCUUGGUAUUGUACAUCACAGAUUUUGUCUUGAUUUUCAUUAUCGAUACCAAUUUUAAGCAUGACUAUGAUUCUAUGAA